UCCUAACCUCUUCAAUUUGACAAAACGAAAUAGCGAAAUCAACGUGUUUUAUUUCAACGUGACUAACACAUGAUUAAGAUUCUUUUUAACAAUUUACGUUUUUUCGUCUCUUACCUAGUGAUAUUUUUUUAAUUUCCUUAUAUUUCAGUGACAACCCCCGACCAUGGUGUCUAUGAGGAACAUUGCCAAAAAGGGCAAAAAGAAGAAGAAAACCGCGACUACUCGCUAUGCCAUGCUAAAGAGGGUUGCUAAGAAAAAGAAAAAGGAGAAGAAAUUGGCCAAAAAAGCACCAAAAAGGCCAAGACCAAAGAUUAUUCAAAUUCCGAACUGCCCUCUGAAAGAGGGAUUUUUGAAAGAUGUGGAUGCCUACAAUGAAAGCCGAAAAGAGGAGAAAAAGAAAGCGUUUGAGGAAAUGGUCAAAGUACGUGAAAGUAAACGGUUGGACACAAUGCAAGUUGAUGCUCCAGGCCCAUCUCUCGAAAAAAUGAUGAAAGAUGUGGAAAGAAGGCAAAAGAUUCACAGUAUUUUUGAUAAACCAGAGGAAAAUUCAGAUUUCAAGGAUGAAAAAACCAAGUAUUCACAAAGAAAUACUCAUCGUUCAUUGUACAGAGAAUUCAAGAAGGUGAUAGAAGCUGCAGAUGUCAUUUUGCAUGUCCUGGAUGCUCGAGAUCCUCUGGGCACAAGAAGUGUUCUAGUAGAAAAGUCCGUAGACGCCUCCCCUGGAAAACGACUGGUGUACAUUUUGAACAAGGCUGAUUUAGUUCCUCGAGAAUCUUUGGAGAAAUGGUUAGUAUUUCUUCGGAAAUCACGGCCAACUGUAGCAUUUAAAGCGAGCACCCAGCAACAACAAUCGAAACUAGGCCAACGUAAGUUAGUGAAAAACGAUAAAAUGGAACUCUCGCUGAACGUCUCAAGUUGUGUUGGAGCGGAACUUCUGAUGACGCUCUUAGCGAACUACUGCCGUAACAAAGAUAUCAAAACGUCCAUCGUCGUCGGAGUUGUUGGUCUUCCAAAUGUGGGUAAAAGUAGCUUAAUCAACAGUUUGAAACGACAGCAAGUUUGCCAGGUCGGCAAGAAACCAGGAAUCACGCGCACACUGCAAGUCAUUCAAUUGGAUAAAAAUAUCAAGCUUCUAGAUAGUCCUGGUGUUGUUUUUGCAAGGAAUGAAGACAAAGGUAUAGUUGCUUUGAAAGGAGCUUUCGACAUUCCUAACCUCACCUCGUCAGACGUGUUUCCUGCUGCGACAGCAAUAUUGCAGAGGGCGUCAAAGCAGCAGAUGAAAGAAUUGUAUGAUAUACCGGAUUACAAGACACCUGGAGAGUUCUUCUUAAGGCUCGCUCAGAGACUGAAAAAGGUUCGAGUCUGUGGUAUCCCAGACUUGGAGGGUGCGGCAAGAACUUUGAUGCAUGACUGGCACAGAGGAAAGAUCAGGUACUUCACUGUUCCUCCAGAAAAGGACCCUUCGGAAAUCCACCUUAGUGCAAAGAUCGUGAACGAAGUUGCAGCAGAAUUCAAUGUAGAUUCUUAUCAUGGUAUGGAGAGUGCGGACUUGAACAAGAUCAUCGAGUUGAACGAUAAGGAAAUGAAAUCGCAGCCCGACAGAAAAGUUGCCGAAGUGUGUGUCGACUCUAUUCCCCUGAAAACAAUAGAAGAUCCUGACUCUGAUGAGGAAGCCGAAAAUGAAGAUGAGGAUGAAGAAAUGGAGGAAGAUGGCGAGGAUUUGCAGGACAAACCACAAGAUGAUCUUUCAGAAAAUAUAGCGAUAGACACUGUGGGCCCGCUGAAAAAAGGGAAACAGCGCUGGCGGAAGAAGAAAGACAAAGGCAAGGAUGAAGAGGAUGUCGUGGCCAUGGAGCCAGGGAUCAUGAAAAUUCGCAAGGUGCAGAAAAUGAAAGCAAAAAAAGUGAGAAAAGAGAAAGCAAGGAGAGAUCGAGCUGCUAUGGACGUAGCUGAUAAUUUAGAAAAACUGCAAGUGAAAAUGAAAGGCAAUGAUGAUGACAACUACAAUUUCGAAUUGGACUUCUUCAAACACACUGAUGAACAGGUGCAUAAUUUAAUCACCUAAUCAUGAUUGUAGGCAGAAAAAAUAAAAUUGUUAAAGCGUU